AUGAAAGCCAUCGUCUACUCCGCCCCGAACACAAUAACCGUCGAAGAGCGGCCCGCACCAACCCUCACCCACCCCACAGACGCCAUCAUCCGCAUGCAGCACUCCUCCAUCUGCGGCACAGACCUGCACAUCCUGAAAGGCGACGUCUCCACCGCGCAACCGGGCCUCAUCCUCGGCCAUGAGGGCGUCGGCAUCGUGCACUCCCUCGGCUCCGCCGUGUCCGGCCUGUCCCCAGGGGAUCAAGUCAUCCUAUCGUGUGUCUCCGCCUGCGGCGUCUGCCCCGCCUGUCGGGGCGGGCUGUACUCGCACUGCGAGGACGACGAAGGAGGUUGGAUACUAGGCAAUACCAUCGACGGCAUGCAGGCGGAGUAUGUGCGGGUGCCGCAUGCGCGGUCCUCGCUGUUCAAGCUGGGCACGCACGGCUCUGAGAAACUCGUGAAGCCGCGGACGGCGGCGCUGCUGUCGGAUGCGUUUCCGACGGCGCUGGAGUGCGGCGUUAAGCCUGCCGGGGUGAAGCCUGCGAGUAGUGUUGUUGUUAUCGGGGCGGGGCCCGUGGGGCUGGCGGCUGCUGUUAUGGCGAGGAGCUUGUAUGCGCCGUCUUUGGUGGUGGUUGUGGAUCGGAAUGCGGCGCGGUUGGAGAUGGCGAGGGCGUUGGGGGCUGCGCAUGAGGUUGUGGAUUGUUCGGGGGAGGGCGGGGAUGAGGAGGCGCUGGGUCAGUUGAUGAGGUUGUCGGAGGGGAAGGGGUUUGACUCGGUGAUUGAGGCGGUUGGGGUGCCUGGGUCGUUUGAGAUGGCGCAGGAGGUGGUUGCUGUUGGGGGCGCGAUUGCGAAUGUGGGUGUGCAUGGGAAGAAGGUGGAUUUGCAUUUGGAGAGGUUGUGGGAUCGGAAUAUCAGUAUCCAUGCUUCGCUGGUGGAUACGACCUCGACGCCUAUGCUGCUGCGUUUGUUUGAGACCGGCCAGUUGGACGGAUCGCCGCUCAUCACGCAUGUGUUCCCCUUCUCCAAAGCGGAGCAAGCAUACGAGACCUGUCGCGCAGCCGCGAAAGAAAAGGCCAUGAAGAUUAUUAUUGAUAUUGAUUAG